UAAGUACACGCGCCGGCCAACGUCAUGGCGGCCGCACGCCUCUUCGGAGCUUGUCGGGCCUGGGCCUGGCGGCCCCGGGAACUCCCCAUCCUUCCCAGCCCUGGAAGACUCCUUGUGCGCGGUUUUACCAAGAAGACAGGGACGAAGGGCAAGGGCGCCAGGGGCGCUGCUGUGGGCGAAGCGCUGAAGGACCCGGAGGUGUGCACCGACCCCCAGCGGCUCACCACGCACGCCAUGGGCGUCAGCAUCUUCAAGGAGAGCCCCGACGUGGCCCUGAAGCCCGACGCCGAGUACCCCGAGUGGCUCUUUCAGAUGAACCUGGGGCCCCCCAAGACACUGGAGGAGCUGGACCCCGAGUCCCGCGAGUACUGGCGGCUGCUGCGGAAACAAAACAUCUGGCGCCACAACCGGCUGAACAGGAACCAGAAGUUCUUGUGACCAAGGAGGGCGCGACAGGCCAGCCAAGACCCCCGACCUCCCCUGGGCACAGCAGGGAAAGGACGGACGUUUCCGUUAAAACCGUUGCUGGGAUUCGGGCGGUGGCGCAGCGGGUUAAGCGCACGUGGCGCAAAGCGCAAGGACCCCCGCGAGGAUCCCAGUUCCAGCCCCCGGCUCCCCACCUGCAGGGGAGUCGCUUCCCAGGCGGUGAAGCAGGUCUGCAGGUGUCUGUCUUUCUCUCCCCCUCUCUGUCUCCCCCUCCUCCAUU